AAAUCCUAUUCCAUGCCACCUCUUUCAUAGUAACAUUAGCGGCCAGAGGCUGAGCGGUGUCGCGAAACGGAUUUUAAAUCUUAGUUUUUGUUGACAGCUUCAAAAUCUGUGGAAAUGUUCAACAGUGAUCGCAGGGAGUUUGAUGAGGAUCCGUUCUUCUCGGAUCCUUUCCGGGCUCACAGGGAACAUAUGCGGCACAUGAUGCGAAGCUUCUCUGAGCCAUACGGCGGGCCCAUGAUGCCCAGUAUAAUGGAUGGGAGAAACCGUGGUCGUGACAUGGCAGAACAUCCAAGCUCAUCCCUGGCGCUGAGGGACGAACACAGGGAUUUGAUGAGGAACCCUUUCGGCAUGUUCGACAAUGUGAUGUCCAACAUGAGAAACAGGAUGGAGGAGGUGCACAGAAACUUUGAGAACAUGUCCACGGAUUCAAACACCCACUCAUUCAGAUCCUCAUCAGUCAUGACAUAUUCAAAGGUUGGAAAUGAGCCUCCCAAGGUCUUCCAGGCGAGCUCAUUGACACGCCGGGCCCCUGGGGGGAUCAAGGAGACCCAGCAAGCAGUUAAAGACUCUGAGAGUGGUCUGGAGAAGAUGUCCAUUGGUCACCACAUCCAGGACAGGGGACAUGUUGUUGAGAAGAAAUACAACAAGAAAACAGGAGAGAAGGAGUUCAUCCAGGACUUUCAGAAUUUGGAUGAAUCCGAAGCCCAGUCUUUUGACGAAGAGUGGCAGCAGGAGGUGUCUAAGUUUCGGCCAUCUGGCCCCAUGUCUCGUCUGGAGGAACCCCGACCCCGUGGUGUUCACCGCGCAGCCCUGGCCGGUUCUAAGCAGAAACACAGUGACCAAUCAAAGGGCAAGGCUGAGGGUAAAAGCAACAUGAAAGGCUUGAACAAGCAGUGAAAACAUCUGUUUGUGUGCUUAUUAAAGUCUUUUAAGCAUCAUGCAGUACACUGUGGCGCUCUGUAUCAUUUUGAAAUUUUUAAGAAACUAUACGUUUUACAUUUCUGCUGCUAAUGCUUUGAUGUUAAAAAAAAAACAAAAAAACAUAUGAUGUUUCUCAUACUGCCCUUUGCUGCAGUGACUCCACCUGAAACGCUCUGUCUGAGCUCUUAGCCCGUCUGAGCUCUUAGCCUGUCUUCCCAAAAAGCCCUGUCUGCUCUGAUUGCUCAGCUGGCCCACUCUGUUUUGAUUGGUCAACCAAAUUCAAACAAGCUACUGGGCUGGCUGUGCUUGCCCAGACAGCACCAAUGGGGCAGCACAUAUAAAAAACUGGGCUGGCAUUCCCAAUCAUAACUAAUUGAGGAAUUUUAAACAGAAAUGUGGACGAGGCGUUUCAGGCAGUUGAGAAAAAGUGCUGUCUGUGGGAGAGAAAACUCCAUUUGGAGUGAAAUGUGGGUUUUUAUCUAUUACA